AUGGGGUUGCCACAAAUGCAAAUCACGCAACCCGCUCAACCACUUGGAGUGAACAAUUUACAGAAUAUGGAAGGACAAUAUAUGCAGACUAAUGGAACUUCUAUUCAACCCAUUCAAAGUGUUCCAAGUCUGAACGCGCAAUCGAUCCAAAAUCUAAAGGGAUUACAAAAGUUCCCUUUACAACAACCCGGUCAGAGCGUGACGGGGCUACUGAAGGAACAAAAUGGGAUGCCACCGAAUACACAAACCAUCACACAAAGCGUGCAAGGGAGCGUGCAGAAUGUCCCGAGCGUACCAAGCACCCCACAACCGAAACAACAAAGCCACGGGAUUGUGUUGAAAAAGGAAUGCUUUUCAAGUAGUUUUCAACAGGGGUUGUCUGCCGUCUCCACACAACUCAAACACAAGGCUCAAACAUCUGCGAAGCCAUUUGAAACGAAAGGGAAUACUCCACAAAACACGGGAACGAAUCAAAAUGGCCAUGUUCCGUCAAUGCCAAAUGGGCCAAUUGCCAUACCACAAAAACACAAAGAUGUGAAGUUUGAAGAUAAGAGAGAAGAAAUGGAGAAGAGCCGAGGAGACAUUUUUCAACACGAAAAAGAACUCAUUGUGUGUGUUGAGAAGAGCACGCCGAAACUCCCAUACAACGAGCGGUGCGAAGAGCUGUUUGGGAAUAUUGAGAAUUACUGUCGGUUGAAUUUGUUCUUCGAGACGGUCCGAGAGAAGGAUGGGCUUUGUGUGUGUGUCCGAUCGAAGGAGUGCGGGUUGUUUGGUCUUAAAAUAUCGUCAACGAUGUGGGAUGGGAGUUUCCCGAAAAUGAAUAAAGUUGGGACGGGCGAAGUCGGGAGCGGCAGUUUAUCAUUAAAAACGGAAGUUUUGUUGACGCAUUGUAUGCGGCUGAGAACAACCCCACCUAGAGAAGCACUUGUGUUUAUCACGAAGAACUCGGUGAUGAUCUAUACCCCAGACAAUAACACUAUCCACCCUCCAAAUCACGUGGAAAUGAAGGCACUUCACGUCUUCUCACAGAACGGAACAUUCUCAGUCAUCACUGAAAAGGAACAACUGACAUUCUUAAUCACUAAACGAGACACUUUAAUGUCGUUAACUAACAGUAAAGGAUCCCUUGUACCUACACUCGCAGAAACACGAAAAUUCACACUCAAAAUUGUCUCGGCGUCGGGGAACACGGAAAUCUUCUUAUUACACGACAACGGAGCACUCACAGUACUGACGAAUAAACCAGUCACAUUACCCCUCGACUUGCCUAUUGGGAAAAUUUGUGGGUUUGGGAACGUCGUCUGCAUACAAAACGAGAGCGCGACGUACUUGAUUAAGUACUCCACAAAUGGAGUUGAGAAGAAAAUUGAAAUGGCGAAAUCGGACUCGGCGGCUGUUGGGAGGCAUUACGUGUACAUUGGGCGAGUUGACAUGAUCGAGAUCUACAACACCGUCGAUUUCAAAAAAGUUGGGGACAUCGAUGUGCGGAGGAAUGGGGUGAUGGGCGAUUUUGUCCCUUUAAGUAUCACGAUUAUUCGGAAUGGGAGUGUUGUGGUGAGUUAUGAAAAAUUGGGGAUGGCGGUGUUUAAUGGGUGUUGGAAUUGCACGGGAAAACUAUUCAACGAAAAGAAGAUGGAGAGAGGAACAGUAUGUGUUGGAAGGGGAUCGUUGUGGGGGAUAGAAGGAGAUGAGAUCACACGAUGGGAGUUAAAGGAGAGUGUUACAUGUGAUGAUAUGGUAUCUAAGAAGGUAGUUUUUGGGAAAGAAGUAGGGGUAUUAGCACCACAAGGGUUAGUAUAUUAUAAGUAUUCGUUCGGAUUUGAUAACGGAAUAGACCAAGGAUUUGAACGGAUUUCAUUCUAUAAAUACCACGACGAUUUAAUAGUUAUUGGACUGAAAGGAUUAAAACUCUUUGUCUAUCAACUGAACACAAGUGUUAUUAAUGAAACUAUUAGUUUAGUUAAUUUACAAGUUGUUUCGGAUAGAAGAGCAGUCACGUGGACAUUCACACAAGAUAAAGUAUUUGUGGUGCAAGAGAUGUGGAGAGAAGAAGAAAUUGCCUUUCAGAUCACCGUUAUUAAUUACCCAUCUUUCGAAUAUUUAACACAACAAACAUUCACCCCAUCUAUUACUCAUAGAUAUACCCCAUCGAAUAGCGUAGACUUACUUAACACGAUCACACAAGACUAUUUCGUCACACGAACACCAUCACCACUCCACGACUUGUUCUUAAAUGAAACCCCUCUGUUAAUGCAAGUCAACGACGACUACAUUUUCGUCUUUUCUGCACCACCCCCAUCUCCUCGACUCUGUGUCUUUAAAAAACUUGAAACAGACACCCAUUUUCAAAUCAUUUUACUGUUUACACUCGAAGUUCUGAAAGAUGGAGUGGACAAGGAAUACGGCAAUCCAAUGUCUUUUGUCUUACACUAUGACUACAAUGGUAGGAUUUUGUGCCCACACCAUAUCGUUGUCUUAUGGGAAAACGGUACACUCACGUCGACAAGAUACUCAAAAGAGGACUUCUUUGUUAUAGAAUCUACGACUAUUAUCUCAGAGAAAGUCCAAAGCUUCUUAAGUCUUAAUGACUAUAUUGUCACAUACCCACCACUCAAAUUACACACUUUAACACACAAACUGACAUUGGCCACACUCCCCCCUAACACUAUUAUUCAGUUUGAUACGUCGGACCUGCCUAAAAAGAUGACAGGGGACUUUUGUCUGACCGAUGAGAUCAUGUGUGUUGAGCAAAAUAAAACGACGGUUGUUCCUGUGGACCCAUUUUUUGUGAUGUUGGACUUGUUGAGUGGGAAGACCACUGAUAUAUCUGCGGACACGCUGAGAGAGUUAUUGAUCAUCUCUUUGGAAGCUUAUGACAAGAACGAAAUUACUUAUAAUGAAUAUCAGAAGCUUCAUCGAGUGUUUGCGGACCAUUUCAUGUAUUGUAUAUUAAUAGUAAGAGUUGCACGAAUAGUAGAUAGUGGGUUGUGGCCGAAGUUAUUCAGUGUAGCGCCGUCCCCUCUUGAUAUCUUUAAGACGGUCUUGAAGUCGACUUUUGUGACGGAAGCCGCAGCGUUCAUUCGAGUCAUUGAUGUGAUGGUUGGGAGGGAAAAGGCAUUGUUAUCGACACUCCAACUGCUUGCUAAUGUCGACGUUGAAAUGAUUCAAACGAUCAUCCAUCCCCUCUAUCACGGAGAAGAAUUAGAAAGUCCUAAUGAGAAUGAAAUUGAGAUAUCAAAUAACAUCGAGAAGUAUGUGACAUCAAAGAUCCAAUAUGAACUGAGAGAAGGAAAUGUUAGAGGAGUCUACUCGAUGGUCGGCGAUCAAGAUCUCUUCUUAGUAAAGUGCCUCAGAAACGCAUCAGAUAAGACAACGAACAUUACUAACUGCAACGGAGAGGCAAAAGAACUUGUAAAUACUAUCGGCAAAAAGGAACUCCUUGAUUUCGGAAAUCUGCUCAUCGAAAACGGGUUCUUUCAAAUGGCAAUGAUGAUCGGAAUGCACAGCCAAAUCAAAAAGUUACUGCUGUUCGAGAACAGUGAGGUCGUCUUCGAUAAUCUCCUGUUCUUCUUCGAAAACACUGAUCCGGAGUUCUCGGUCAUGCUUAAAAAGCUGAAAAAGGCCGUUUUCUGA